AUGAGCAAAUCAUCAAUACAGGUUGACAGUACACAGUCAGAUUCAGAUCUUUCAUUGCAACUUUCAGACGCAUCGUCUCUGUCAUCUGAUUCAGACUUGUCAGAAGCAAAGAGUCGCCGUAACAACAAAAAGACGGUGAAAAAGACAAAGGCAAAGCCAAGAAAGAAGAAGAAAGCAGCCAAGAAAGAUGCUCAAAAGUAUUGCAUUUGCCGUAAAGGUUAUGAUGGCAAAGAAUUCAUGAUCGAAUGUGAAGACUGCAAAGAAUGGUUUCAUGGUGCUUGUGUUGGAUUAAAGCCAAAUUCUGUAAGCGAUCAUUAUGCUUGUUCAUCAUGUACAAGCAAACGAAAACCAGUCAGUGCAGGAAAGACGUUGAUACCACCACCAACAGCAGCAGCAACAAAUCGGAAAAAAUCAGUCAUUGUUCUUCCUGUAGCAACGAAACCACCACCCACGCCGCCUCAGCCUAUACCUGUGAUUUCAACACUAUCGAUUCAAGACGACGAUGAGGAUGAAGACCUCGACGAUAUCUGUGUACUGUGUGAUGGCGAUUGCACAUGUAACAUUCAAGAAGCAGCCCCUCCUACCACAAGCACUGUCACUCUUGCUCCUUCUCCGCCUAGUCCUCCUCAUCCUGCCCCACAAAAACAACCACAACAACCACCAGCAAAAUUGCAAACCAAGAUCAUCAUUCCCGUACCCAAGAAAUCCAGCAAAGCCAUCUCGAAAAAAAAAUCAAGGAAAUCCAACAAAUGGACGGUACACAACACCACUACUAGCAACAGCCACGCCGAUGAUAGUGAUGACGAUAGCAACAUUAGCAUCAGCGAUAGCGACGAAAGUGAAUCCGAUGAUGAGCCUGUCGUGGUUGAAAGAGUUGGGAUUGAUACUAAAAAGAGCCACAAAUCAAAGGCACCCAAGAAAAAGAUGCUGCCCAAGAAAUCUACACCAAGACGAGGCAAAAGCAAAACGGUGCUGGCCAACAUUGUGCGUCAAAAAGCGCCUCCUACGAAAAAAGGCAAGGGCAAAAAAAUGGCUGUCAAGUACCCAUCAAGCAACGAAGAAGAUAACGUUGAUGGAGACCAAGAGGAUUCAGACGAAGAGUUGAUUGUGGACGAUCUGGACGAUUUGCUAGAAACAAUGUCUCCACUUUCAGAGCAUUCUUCCAAUGAAUCCGACAAUUCACUGCUUGGUAGCGAAGAGUUCUUUACAGAUGACGAUGACUCUGAUGUAGACCCCACUGAAAGUGAUAUCAAUGCUGAAUCGUCCAUCACCAUGUCGCCUUAUGCCACCUCUUAUGCGUCGAGUAUUCAUCUUGAUUCGGGUGACGAUGAAGACAUUGAAAAUGUCGAAACUCAAAAAAUCAUCAACGAAUUGACGCUGGAUAGUGACGAAGAGAUGGAUGAUAUGGAUAGCGAUAUAUUGGAUGAGGACGGAGGCAUGUUUGUGGAAGAUGAAUAUGACGAUGAAGAUCAAGAAGAUGAAGAAGACAUGCAAGCCUACUAUGCGCGAAAUAACAGCCAUUGGUCAUCGUCGUCUGAAGAGGAAGAGGAGGAGGAGUUCGAUUAUACAACAGCUGUACCCAGUGAAGACGAUGUUGCAAGCAUAGACUCUGCUGAUGACGAUAAGACAAACCCACUGUUGCCACUACUGGAUAGUGAGGGUAAUUUGUACGACAGUAUUGCUGCUGCAUUUAUGCAGGCUUUGAUACCUAUGGGAGGCGACAGCAACACACAUGGCGGCGAUACAACGACUGGAGCUAAUACACCUGUCAUGACAGACGAUUAUCAAUUAUCGGCUUUCGAGUUGACGAAUGCAUUAAGCGCCUUAUCGGCCGAGACUUCACGCCAGCAUAACGACAUUCUUCUUAGAAGACCCUCAUUACCCAGUAGUGCCGUUUCUGCAGCACGGCGAAUGCGAGGCUCACAGGAUUUCUCUACAUCCGAGGCUUUGCGGGCACUUUCAGCGCUUGUGUCUGACGAUCUACCACUUGCGCUUCAACCUAUAGAUGAAGUGGAAGAUAUAUCAGAAGAAACUCACCCAUCCAAAGGACCGCCUACGCCCAAGACAGUGACCGAGGAGACAACCAGUCCUGAUAUGCUACCAGCUCAACUAGCGCUUUCACUUUCAACUGAUCUUAAACUGCAAGAACAAAUUUUAGAUAUUCUUCAGGGAGGAUCGAAGACGAUUACGGAAGCAGCAGCCGGUAAUCGAGAGAAGGACAAAGAAGGAGACGCAGCAGACAACAACCAAGAAAAAGUACCAAUUACAUCCAAUACACCCACUAAUAACCCUAAUAAUGCAUCAACAACAGCAAAACCUAUUUAUACAUCUAGACAAAUCCUCCCAAAACCCUCUGGCAGUGGUUCUUAUUUCCCCGCAAUGUCGACAUCCACAUCUUCAUUAGAACAGCAAAUCCAAGAAGCUUGGAUACAAAGUCUCACGUACGGCAACAACAACAGUAGCAACAAACGCAAAGCAACGCACGGCUUGGAAAACGACAAAAAGAGAAGGCCAUCUCGAUCAAAUUCGCUGGGAUCCAGUGCACAUCAACAGCAUUUACAACCAUUGGAAACCACUUCAUUCUCCACACCUGCGUCUCCCGCAGCCAUCAUUGAUGAGUUAGAAGACAUGAAUAUCCAGAUUGACGAUGAUGGCGGCGAGCAAGACGACGCUAACGAAGAAGGAACAGCAGUAUCCAUGGAUGAUUUAGUGGAUACAUCACAACUUUAUACUCGAUCUUCGUCGAGAUCACCUUCGCCUGAAAUUGAAGACGCUUAUUCUAGAGACUUGAGUCGAUGGCAGCGUAUUCCCAUUGGAGCCUUUCGGUUGAUGAGGUCAAAGAACAAGCUAUGGCUUGAACGAUAG